AUGGCGUCCGGCUAUCAAAUUGCCGUGAGCAAAAACUUCGAGAAGCCCCAGGACUACGCCUCCGACGGCGUGGAUGGCAUUGGUUUCAUCCAUUUCUGGGGCCUCAGCCCUGCGGCGGACCUAGUCGGCGACUUCCCCGAAGCCGUGCCCCGACCGAAAACAAGCGCAGACGAGGACCACAGUUCCUGUGGUGGGAAGACGAGGUUGACAGGAGACUCUGCCGCUGCGUCGUCCUCUUCUUCUAAGCCGAGUAGUGGCAAGAAAAAGAAGGAAAAGACACUGGAGGAGAUGCUGAUGGGCACAAGCGACGAGGCUGAUGCGGAAGACAAAUUCGGGGCGGAGUUAUGCCUUGAUGUCCUCAAAAGUCAAAGUGUCACACUCACACUAGGAGUAACUGCAUUAUACAACCUUUCGCGUCAGCAUGACCCACGCGGCGUCAUCCUCGAGAUUCAUUUGUAGUAUAUGCAUGUACAAGUUGAUGCAAUCUCAAUCAUGCUAAUAUGCUACGGCCAGUACGACAACGACCGUCAUUUUAACGUCUGCAAGGCAUAGGAGUCGGAGUAUUACAACGUGUUGAUUUCCGGGGGCGCGGACCUGCGGUUCGUGAUGAAAACGGUGGCGAAGUGGCACAGGCUAGGCGUGAAAGACAAAAAAUUGCGGUUUUUUCUGCACGACAACCAGGUGGAGGUGACGGCACGGCACUUACUCUUUCUGCAAAUCCUUUCCAAUACGGAGCUGACGCCCCGCGACCGGGCGGAGCUGUUUCUCACACUGUACGGAAACGCCCUCGUGCGCGACAGGGACAGCAAGUAUACAGCUUGCACAUUUGAUAUCGUGACUACUUGGUCAGCAACUUUCUCUGCAUAACAGAGAAAACUUGCAAUGUAGGGGUCAUAUUACCACUUUUACUGAAGGGAAGUAAACCGAAAUAAUGAUGUAUAACAUGAGGCUCGCAACAUCAAUUAUUUCCGGCAUGACAGAGGUUGUCUGUCUUGGUUGUCUUGGUUGUCCUACAAGAUCAGAAAAUUAGCAUGUGUUGAAUAAAAAUUCGGAACUCGACUUUUUUCAUCUUGGCGCGACAUCCCCUUUCAGGUACCUCUCCGAGCAGGUGAAGCGGUUGCUCGCCGUCGCUUCUGAAACGGCGAAAGACGACUUCCUGGCGGACGUUUUCGAUUUCAGUUGCUUGCGCUUCAAGGAUAUGCAAUACAAAUUUCUCAUACACUUGCACGGACAAAAUGCAUCACAAAUUUCGCCAAAUUGAGUAGAUUAUGCCACUUGUCAUGCUGAACAAAAUGAGCGGAUGCGGAACGGUUUGUCAUGCAGAAACCACAUUCCUAAGUGUGCGGGAAAUUUCGAUUUGCUGUGGAUAAAGAAGCGAGACGAGUUAGAGAACGUGAUUCGGGGCUGGAAAGCGGACGUUCCCUUUGAUGUCGAACAGCUGCGGGACGACAGGAUGCGUGGUAAUUAAGCUAUGAUCGGUAAUCAUAUCCAUCGUGAUUUUAUUCUGGUACUCAUUAAUAUUAUACGCACACUUACUUUGGUUUGCGUUUGUGUAGUUCAUAAUCGAUUUGCGGCUGGUAUCGAUUUCUGUCUUGCUCCUGCUCCUCUUUCACGGAAAAAUACGAAGCCAUUCCUUCCUAAUAUACAACUCUAAGGGUACUACCGCGCGCGGUACGAGCACCGGAAGAACCUGAUGGACCACGAUUAUCAGUUGAACAUAAAACCUGUUGCAAGUAUUGUCCACUGGUACCACUUAUGCAGUGCAAAAGUAUCGCUACUCGUAUUGCAAUCAUGCAUUACAAAUCUUUUUCCCAACGUAAAUCAGCAUUACAGAUUUUAUUUCUCAUGCUCAAUGCAUUUAUUUAUACGAGUGCGAUACUUUUGCAGUUCAUACCACUACCGGGAUUUCUGUCACACCGGCGUCGCCUUCGAGUCCCGGCUUGGGUCCUACACCGUGCCCAACCGCUCACUGGCCAGCUACAUCGACGGCAAGUCACGCGAAAAAGGAACCAGCGUGCUCGUGCGCGGGUAGUUUAUUUAGCUCGACGGUGCUCCUAUAUCAGUAAAUUUCUCGUAGAGGUAGAAGUAGAAGGAGCGUUCUUGUUUUCAUGUAGUGUUUACCAGUUCGUAUUGUUAUUGAUGCCAUGCUCACGUUUGGUUUCACCUGAUUGCAAUUGAGAAUCCAUAUCACAGGUUCUGGGCCGAUAUGCAUCGCAAAAGUAUUAUCGUACUAGCGGCGCUUAAUUGCAUCACAAACUUGCCCAGAAUGCGCCCACUUUAUGCAGUUUGUAAUUCCGAUUUAGUGUUAGUUUAGGAGUGGGAAGGCGAAGGACAUUUUUCAUGUACGAUUGCAAUGACGAACAAUAAGUACUUUUGUAUUGGAUGGCUGACAUCAUCAACUCCCCGUACUUCACAUUCGGUGUGGACACCCUAUCCUCUGCAAACGUAUCGUAGUAGAAAUUGCAUUCACAGAUUUUCUCAGCAUGAGAAAUGGUAAUGCUAUUUGGCGUAUUUAUAAGAAGUUGGAUAUGCAUUAUUACUUGCAAUCACCACUACUAAGAUAUUUUUGCACUGGAUACACCCACAACGGGAACGACAAGAGCCGGCUGUUUAAAAAAGCGCAGGAGCAGCACCGCAACACUGCGGUCGACUAUGCAAGAAAAAAACUGUGUAAGUGUACGUCUGUGUUGCGGACGAUGGAAGACACACACUUGUCAUGCUGCUGGAAGUGCGUCAUGGCGUAGUUUCAACAUGAUACGUCUUUUCACGUACUAGAUUCGCAUGUUGAUGUUAUUUUUGUAUAAAGGCAAUAAAACGAAUUCGUUCAUUGAUGCUGCACGACUUACAGUGACUUACACAUUUUUUUCGUGGAUAUGGACGUGGCGGAGUUUAAUUUGGAGGCGUGGAUCCGGGAGAUGCAAGACUACCAGGAGUUCAAUUUGCCGCCCGAAAAACCGGAGGAAAACAUUUUCCCCUACGCCACCCCGGUCGACGCGCUGCGGAACCAGAACUGCGUGAUUGAAGAGGUGGACGAGGAUGGGAACGCGCUGAAGAAACUGGAGGACGAGGAGAAUUCUUGGAAAAAGAAGAAACGGUUGCCCGCCAUGGAGGGUGUGAAGCUUGUGUUGCUCACGGGAAACUUGGAGGAAUCCCUGCGGAAGACGAAAUUUGAAGCGGUACUUACUUAAGUAUCAUGAAUAGCUCUGUCAUCUUCAGAAUUUUUCCUCUUGCUCAUUCCGCACCAUGAUGAUAGUCUUCGGUUCAUCAUCACAUUCGUUCUUUAGUGUGCAGCAAAAAUGUCAUGCGGCGCAUAGAUGGGCAGCGCCAGCUCAUUUUUUUCUCGAAGUAGAAAACUUCCAUGAUCUUCACCCUGCAUAAAUAAACCAGGCUUUCGACCGUGUAUUUUUCGGCAACAUGGCGGUUUUGCCGCUCCUGGAAGCCUCGGGCCUGGUGGAGAAAACGACGAAAGGAACAACAUUUUCCUUCACCAAAUCACUGAAACCCGGCUGCGUCGUCACCUGCGAGACCUUUAAGUACCAGGUGCAUUUUGACGCGAAAGUGAAGCUGGGAUACCGCAACAGAAUGAAGGAAGCCAUGGAAAAGCUCGGGUUGAUAUCCAGAAAAAAAAACCCAUCCCCAUCCAAUUUGUCAUGCAAAACAUGCAUAAACUUCUGUGCUUGUCAUGCAAAAGAUGGAUGUUGGGAAUCGAAUGGGUGUAGUUUUUUCCUGGAUAGCUGAAGAUGUUCAGAGGCGAACGGUUGGUGAAAAUGCCCGACGUUCCGAGCGAGCAGCGGGCCAAGGAAAUCGAGUUUUCCUUGCCAGAUUUCGUGCACUUUGGAAGCGAGCAAACCUUCAAAAACUGUGUGAUCGACGCAGCAAAAGCGGGCGGCACGAGUGCGGGAUCAGCAUCAUCCGGGACGACCGUGGUUAACAUGGCAGAUUUAGAUUAGGGACGAGCUGCUUCUUGUUACUUAGUCGAGGGGUAUAUGAUCUAACUAUAUGCUCAACGUGUGUCAACCUGCUCCUGGCGGAGCGGGCGGAAGCGGAACAGAAACCGUGAAGCGGAAAGAAUGAUUCAGCAUCAAACAUAAAGCAAUAAAUUGUCGUGUACGACGCACAAUUUCUUGAUGAAAAGAUUCCGUUCAAUCUACUUGGUGGAACAACGGACGAGGUUCUUGUGCAGCUUCGUUGUAGUACAAUAAAGUCGAGUCGAUAUCAUCAUCAAGCAAAGGAAGAGGAACUGCAACGUACAACAGGCGAGAAGAAAUGACCC